ACGCCGUCGCCGCCCCACGCCCGCCGCCGCGCGGGCCCAAGGCCGGGAGUGCGAGGAGCGCGCGGAAGGAGCCAUGGCUCUGGACGGGAUAAGGAUGCCAGAUGGCUGCUACGCGGACGGGACGUGGGAACUGAGCGUCCAUGUGACGGACCUGAACCGCGAUGUCACGCUGCGAGUGACCGGGGAGGUGCACAUCGGAGGAGUGAUGCUGAAGUUGGUGGAGAAACUCGAUGUAAAAAAAGAUUGGUCUGACCAUGCUCUCUGGUGGGAAAAGAAGAGAACUUGGCUUCUUAAGACACAUUGGACCUUGGAUAAGUAUGGUAUUCAAGCAGACGCCAAGCUUCAGUUCACACCCCAGCACAAACUGCUCCGCCUGCAACUUCCCAACAUGAAGUAUGUGAAGGUGAAAGUGAAUUUCUCUGAUCGAGUCUUCAAAGCUGUUUCUGACAUCUGUAAGACUUUCAAUAUCAGACACCCUGAAGAACUUUCUCUUUUAAAAAAGCCCAGAGAUCCAACAAAGAAAAAAAAGAAGAAGCUGGAUGACCAGUCUGAAGAUGAGGCUCUGGAGCUAGAGGGGCCUCUGAUCACUCCGGGCUCAGGCACUGAUGUUCUUUUCAUUGGCCCUCUGAAAGGAAGUAUAUAUUCAAGCCCAGGACUUUAUAGUAAAACAAUGACUCCCACUUACGAUGCUCAUGAUGGAAGCCCCUUGUCCCCGACAUCUGCCUGGUUUGGCGACAGUGCAUUGUCAGAAGGAAAUCCCGGUGUGCUCGCUGUCAGUCAACCAGUCACAUCACCAGAAAUCUUGGCCAAAAUGUUCAAGCCUCAAGCUCUUCUUGAUAAAGCAAAAAUCAACCAAGGAUGGCUUGAUUCUUCAAGAUCUCUCAUGGAACAGGAGGUAAAGGAGAAUGAGGCCUUGCUGCUCCGGUUCAAGUACUACAGCUUUUUUGAUUUGAAUCCAAAGUAUGAUGCAAUCAGAAUCAACCAGCUUUAUGAGCAGGCCAAAUGGGCUAUUCUUCUAGAAGAGAUUGAGUGCACAGAAGAAGAAAUGAUGAUGUUCGCAGCCCUGCAGUAUCAUAUCAACAAGCUGUCGAUCAUGACAUCAGAGAACCACUUGAACAACAGCGACAAAGAAGUCGAUGAAGUGGACGCCGCCCUGUCAGACCUGGAGAUUACCCUGGAAGGGGGUAAAACAUCAACAGUUUUGGGUGACAUUACUUCCAUUCCUGAACUUGCUGACUAUAUUAAAGUUUUCAAGCCAAAGAAGCUGACCCUGAAAGGUUACAAGCAGUAUUGGUGCACCUUCAAAGACACGUCUAUUUCAUGCUACAAGAGCAAAGAGGAAUCCAGUGGUACCCCAGCUCACCAGAUGAACCUCAGAGGCUGUGAAGUUACCCCAGAUGUAAACAUUUCAGGCCAAAAAUUUAACAUUAAACUCCUGAUUCCAGUUGCAGACGGCAUGAAUGAGAUCUGGCUUCGCUGUGACAAUGAAAAGCAGUAUGCACACUGGAUGGCGGCCUGCAGGUUGGCCUCCAAAGGCAAGACCAUGGCGGACAGUUCUUACAACCUAGAAGUUCAGAAUAUUCUUUCCUUUCUGAAGAUGCAGCAUUUAAACCCAGAUCCUCAGUUAAUACCAGAGCAGAUCACAACUGAUAUUAACCCUGAAUGUUUGGUGUCCCCUCGUUAUCUGAAAAAGUAUAAGAACAAGCAGGAAAAAGGAUGCAAAAAGCAGAUGCCAGGCUAUAUAAGAGAUUUGAUAACAGCAAGAAUCUUGGAGGCUCAUCAGAAUGUAGCUCAGAUGAGUUUAAUUGAGGCCAAGAUGCGGUUCAUCCAGGCGUGGCAGUCCUUACCUGAAUUCGGCAUCACACACUUCAUUGCAAGGUUCCAGGGGGGCAAAAAAGAAGAACUUAUUGGAAUUGCAUACAACAGACUAAUUAGGAUGGAUGCCAGCACAGGAGAUGCGAUUAAAACAUGGCGUUUCAGCAACAUGAAACAGUGGAAUGUAAACUGGGAAAUCAAAAUGGUCACCGUGGAGUUUGCAGAUGAGGUGCGGCUGUCCUUCAUCUGCACAGAGGUGGACUGCAAGGUGGUGCACGAGUUCAUCGGCGGCUACAUCUUCCUCUCCACACGUGCUAAAGACCAGAACGAAAGCUUAGAUGAGGAGAUGUUCUACAAACUUACCAGUGGGUGGGUGUGAAUACAAGUGUUGUGUGAGGAAACUCCAUGGCCAUAACAAUAUUUAACUUUAAAAGCUGUUUGUUACAUGCUGCUUAAUAAAGUAAGCUUGAAAUUUAUCAUUUUAUCAUGAAAACUUUUUUGCCUUAUGAAACAGUUAACAUGUGCACUAAACAAGCACGACUAUUAAUCUGCUAUGGUGAUACAGUAAAAGGCCUGCUGGGCUCGACACCCGACCCUCAGGGCCAGGAGUUGGGAACUGAGGUCGUGGGCAGAUCAGCAAUGGCAUCACUGGUGGAAACCAAGCUGUAAGAACAGCCUUCUGCCUUACAGCUCCCGGGCUUACCCGGGUGGAGUCUGUUCAUCAUGUCUAAUGCAUGUGCUUCAAUGUAUGCUUAAUUUGAUGUCAUGUUUUAAAAUACCCUACUUUUGGUAGCCAUUUGAUGUCCCCCAACCCACCCAAUAAGUCAGGCCUACAAAAAAAAAUGCCUGAUUAUUUAAUAGUGUCAUCGUUUGACCUUGAAGGAAAGUGCUGUUAGUUCGUUAUGCUUGGUUUGUUUUUGUCCUUGAAUAAGCAUGUGUGUACAUUGUCUUGUGUUUUUAUUUUUACACCAUAUUGUAUUACAACACUUUUAGUAUUCACCAGCAUACUCACUGUCUGCCUAAAAUAUGCAACUUUUGCAUUACAAUAUGAAGUAAAGGUCUAUGAAGUAUUCAUUCGUGUAACUAAUGUACAAACACAAAUUUUAUAAAAUUGUACAGUUUUUUAAAACUACUCACAGCUAGCAAAUGGCUUAAAUGUAGCAUCUUUGCAUUAAUUAAAUACCUUUAAAGAUAUAAUUAAUAUGCAAUUUUAAUAUCUGCUAAAUUAAGAAUGACUUAAUUAUGGUCAUGAUUUGCCACAAGGUCCUUAACUGUGACACCUGGCCUGGCCUUGCCCUAGUCUGCUGUGCUGUUACAGUCCAUGUUGGUGCUCGUCAGAAAGUGCCCAGCCCACAAAGCCCAAAAGAGUACCAGGGAGGGUGGGUUACCAGUAUUGUCCAAUACAAUUCAUGGUUUAAAGACUGUGUAAAUGCAUUUUAUUUUAAAUAAAAGCAAAACUUUUAUUUAA